AUGACCAAACAUAUGACUGGUAAAAUUAUUAUCGCUUCCAACCAAUUCAACUUAGGCGGCCCCACGACCGCCCCUUACGGCCUCGUUGUCGCCCUUCAACGGCCACGUCGCCGCCCCUCCGCGGCCCCGUCGCCGCCCUUCAGCGGCCCCAUUGCUGCCCUUCCGCGGCCCUGUCGCCGUCCUUCAGCGGCCCCAUUGCCGCCCUUCAGCGGCCCCGUCGCCGCCCUUUCGCGGCCUCGUCGCCACUCUUCAGCGGCCCCGUUGCCGCCCCUCAGCGGCCUCGUCGCCGCCCUUCAGCGGCCUCGUUGCCGCCCCUUGCGGCCCCGUCGCCGCCCUUUGCGGCCCUGCCGCCCUUCCUCGGCCCCUCACCCGCCCUUCCUGGCCCCGUCGAGCAGCCGAGCCGCCGUCACCACCGUGCCGCCAAGCUGCCGAGCCGCCAAGCCGCCGAACUGCCGAGCCGCCGAGCCGCCGAGCCGCCAAGCUGCCGAGCCGCCGAGCCGCCGAGCCACCCUGCAGCCGAGCCGCCGAACCGCCGAGCCGCCACGCCGCCGCAGCCUAGACACCAUAGUCCCUGCAGUCGCGGCCCUAUCCUUGCCGGCCUGCCUCGGCCCGCCCCACCUGCCUGGUAAGAGCAGCGCCUCUGCAACUGCACCGCCCUACCCCGCUGCUCUCUUUGCCAGUCUACUUCUGUCGGCCACCCCCAGUGUUCUCACCUUUGACGCCGAGGACGGUCUCUCUAUGUUUGACCUCACCUCUGGUGCCUCUCCUGCCCCUGCUGCUGUUGCUGAUGCCACUGUUUGCUCACAGUGGGCCACGCGCGAUGCUGCUGCUCGCCUUGCUGUACGCCGCCACUUACCGACCGCUGAGCGCGCGCAUUUUAGUCAGUACAGCAGUGCUAAAACCUUGUACGAAGCUGUCAUUGCACGCUACUCUUCCCCUGCCACUGCUGCCCUUAGCCGCCUCAUACUGCCUUACCUCUUCCCUGACCUCGCCGCUUUUCCCACAGUCGCAGACCUCAUUACGCACCUUCGCACUAGUGACAUUCGCUACCGCGCUGCGCUUCCUGCUGAGUUCUGCGCCAAGAACCCCCCCCCCCCUAUGUACAUCACCCUCUACUACAUAGUCACCCGACUCCUUGACACCCUUCGCUCGGUCAGGGACCACUUCCUUUCUGUUUGCCCCACCACCCUCACCGUUGACCUCCUUGAGGAGCGCCUCCUAGCAGCAGAAAAGAGUAUAGUCAUUGUAGGAGCCUCUCGUGGUGACCCUCGUACCCCUGUCUUUGAGGGGUGCUCCCCCUCCCCCCUCUUGCCCUCUGUUGCUUUUGCUGCUGCGGCCGACCUUGUUGGUCUUGAGUCGGUCGGCGCGGCGUCUGCCCCUAGUGAGAGACGCCGCUCAAGCAAGGGCAAGGGGGGCAAGGGCGCUGGAGGAGCUGGCGGGGGCGGCGGAGGCGGCAGUGGAGGCGGCGGAGGGGGUGGGGGUGGCGAUGGGAGUGGUGGCGGGAGUGGGGGCACUAGUGGCGGCAGUGGAGGCGGAGGAGGCGGCGGUGGUGGCGGUGCGAGCGGAGGUGGUGGAGGUGGAGGCGGUGGUGGAGGCAGCGGCGGCGGAGGUGGAGUUGGUCGGGGCAGCUCUUCGCAGAGGGUCGGCUCCGGUGGUGGUCAGCGCCAGCAGCAGCAGCAGUAG